UACCGUAUUAAUCCAGAAGAUGAAGAGUAAAUUAAAAAUAAUACUAAAAAUUAAAAAAAAAAGCAGACUUAACAAUUCCAAAAACAUAAUGUUUGACAAACGUGUACUAAGAGGAAAUACAUAUGCAAGGUUAAAACAAUAUUCAUAAGCAUAAUAAUUUUAAACAUUAUAAUAGUCUCAACCUUAAUAAAAAAUUCUAAAAAAUGCAUUUUCAAAGCAGCAAUCUCUUGUGCGCAAGUAAACGCCUCCUCUACCCGAAGGAAGACAUAAUAUAGAAGUAAUGACUGAGUAAUAUGUAGAAAUAUUAGCUGGAAAACCUUCAGAGACAUAAUAAUAUGCAUAAACAGAGCCUUAAAUAGAUAGGCCUUAUAAUAGACUUUUUUGGCCUAUGAAAUUCGGAGAAGAUAAAGAGACAUAGAUACAAGAUGGGGAUUUAUUUGACUUUAAUGUUGAGGUAGAAGUUAUAUUAUAAGUUUUGUUAGGAAAAAUUUUAGUGUAAAGUAGAAUUGAAGUUUUAGAAGAAGAAGAAUUAAAAGAAAUGUAAAAUCAAUAAAGACAAUUCGAAAUUAUAAGAAAUGUACAACUUGCAGAAUGCCAAAGAUUCUAAACAAAAGAAGAAAGAAAAAAAGAUGAAAUUGAAAGAAGAAGUCAUUAAUAUUAAAGUUUUUAAAAAUAAAAAGUUAGUAUUCAUAAAAAAAUUAUUUCAAGAAAUAUUGCAAUUAACUAUUUGCAUUCUUUAAAGGAAAAUGUUUCUUAAUAUAUGAUUGAUUUAGGAGUUUUUAGAAACUUUUUAUAAAUUUAGAUCUA